CAACUGUCAUUGGUGGUUGAUGACUUGAAUUUAUUUUCUACGAAUUUAUCUAGGGACUUGCGAAUAAAAAUGUGUUAAAAGAAUGUACACAUUAGUACGUGUCAUAUAAAUAACUACUUGUAAAUUAUGAAUUAAAUAAUUGAACAUUAGUCCUCAUAGCUUAUUAGUUAUAUUGUAAAGAUGAAAGCCACCGGUACUAAGAUCUCUUUAGUUAUUUUAGCUAACGUUUUAGUAAGUUUGGCUUCUAAUAUUGAUCUUCCGAAGAGAGAAGAUAAGAAAUCAAAGUCUGUUACUACUUUCGUGAGUGCGAAAUGGGAGACAACUCCAAUAGUUUUGGAAUUGGCCGAGUAUCUUUCUGGGGAGAGCACGGACUUGUUUUGGUCCUUUGUCGACGGAAUAAAUUCUUUGAAAACUAGUCUAGACAGUUUAGAGACUGAUAAGGAAGUGUAUGAAGCAUGCAUUGGCGUCGCAAGCACUUUACUGGCGCCAGCGCAGCUCCGUAUGGCCAAGCUCGCGCUUUCCAUGCACACCACCUCCCCAGCAGUGCGCAUGUUUGACCAGGUUGCCACACAAAAUGGAGCAAAAGAAGUUGAGUGUGAUACAUUUGUGGCCAUUGCUUCAAGAAAAGUCUGUGAUAAUGAUGUUCUUCGAGACAUAUUGAAAUCGUAUGACAAAUAUGAUCCAGAAGACCAUAAACUGGAUACAUAUCUACUGGACCACUCCUACCCCACCAGUGAUAACAAGAGCCUUACAGCCAUACUUUACGGUGAACUUGGCAUGUUAGACUUCACCACUAAACACAAGAUAUUGUCAGGGUAUGCUGACAAAGGUGUGAUUAAUUAUGUUAUAAGGUGGAAUGUUAAGCCUCGUGGAAAGCCUAAGCUGCGCUUGUCAGGUUAUGGAGUAGAGCUUCAGUUGAAGAGCACAGAGUACAAGAGCCAGGAUGACUCCACGCCUAAAGAGGCUGACGGUGGUGACACACCGGCAGCGUCGGAGGAGGAAGACGAAAAUGAUCCCCAGAAUCAAAUUGAUGGCUUCAACUUCGGACGACUUAAAAAUCUGUUUCCCGCCCUCCGCACUCCGUUGGAGCGCUUCCGUCGCCAUCUAUCUGAGUCUAGUGAAGAGCUGGAGCCGUUGAAGGUGUGGCAGAUGCAAGCGCUGAGCAUGCAGGCGGCGGCGGCCGUGGUGGACGCUCACGACGCAGGCGGGGACGAAGCGCUCAGAGUCCUUACUUCCAUUGCUCAAAAUUUCCCUAUGCAGACAAAGUCCCUUAUCCACGUAAAUGUUCCGCGCGCUUUCCGGGAUGAAGUGCUAUACAACCAAGAUGUAUGGUCGACGUCGUUGGGCCUCCGUGCGGCUGAGCCUCUGUUGCUGGUGUCUGGCGCGCAGUUCGACGCUGAAGAGGUUGAUGUUAUGAGUCUGCUCGCCGCUCUGAGAGAAGACAUUGGACCUAUGAACACUUUACAUGCCCUAGGUCUAUCAAAGAAUCUGAUCAACACACUUAUGUCACUGGAACUCGGCGAAUCUUUCACCUGGGAGGAGUAUGGGCUGGAUAUUCGCGACAGUUCGAUUACAUGGCUCAAUGACUUGGAGGCCGACGAGAGAUACCGACGCUGGCCGUCGUCCUAUAUGGAACUGCUCAGACCCACCUACCCAGGCAUGCUAAGGAAUUUGAGAAGGAACAUCUAUAACUACGUAAUCAUAGUAGACCCGACAUCGCCACUAUCUGGGCCCCCGCUCAAGCUGGGAGAGACUCUACUGAAGCACGCGACACCUGUGCGUGUGGGGUUGAUGCUCGCCCCGGGAAGCGAGGACAGAGUCUUGGAAGCUGCAGUGCGGUCUGCCUUCAACUACAUCGCACAGGAGCGCAACUCUAACAAGGAGGCAUUCUAUUUCAUUAGCCAGCUUCUCAAUACCCCACAAGAAGGAAAGUUAGACUUAAACCAAGUGAAGAAACAGUUGAAGAAGUACGCGAGUUCAGGCGCCAACCUCGACGACAUCAUAUCUGAGGACUCGGAGUACAACUUCGGCAGCCAACUGGCUGAGGAGUUUGUCUCUAAACUGGGCAGCAACAAGUAUCCGCAGGUGCUCGUAAACGGCGUGCCGCUCACUGACGAGGGUUCUACCCCGGUGACGUCAUCAGUGGAGUUGCUAGAAGAGUCCCUAGUUACGGCGUUGUCACGCCACACGGGUCGACUGCAACGCGCAGUGUUCCGCGGAGAGCUGUCCGAUGCGGACGAUGCAGUGGAAUACCUCAUGAAGCAGGCACAUAUCGUGCCCAGAUUGAAUCGCCGAGUUCUUGGUUCCGAGUCGUCACAGUUUUUGGAUCUCUCUGGAGUAGCGUCCUCUAGCGAACUGUUUACUGAGGAUAAAGUUCAUCGGAUGAUGCAUUUAACCGGUCGCGAUGCAUUAGCGACUGCGUUGCCAAUUCUGAAGUAUUUCACAAAGGGAGGCAAACCAGACAAGAUUACGCAGACAGUCUGGGUGGUUGGCGACCUCAACGACAAACUGGCAAGAGAACUCCUGCGGAACGCACUCACGUUUAUGAGAGAAUCCGGUGGUAUACGCGUGGCGUUCAUACCAAACGUGGACGGCUCCUCCAGCGACGACCAGUCGCUCAACAAGGUGGUGCUCGCGGCGCUGACGACGCUUGAACCCGCUAAGGCUACCAAAUAUGUCGCGCUGCUACUCGAGAACGAAGGCUGCCACGAGAGGAAGGAUUGCGAUAUUUUGCCCGAGUUGGUCCCAGCGCUGCACAAGCACGAGUGGGCGCUGAAGGCGGCGCGCGUGGUGUGCGCGCGCAGCCUCAAGCUGCGCGCCGGCGCGCGCGCCGUGCUGCACAACGCGCGCCUCAUCGGGCCCCUGCACGCGCACGAGCGGUUCACGCUCGAUGACUUCUUGUUGUUGGAGAGGUACAGCAAUCAAGUGUAUGCUGAUAAAAUAUCUGAAGUCCUCGACAAGAAGAAGAAAGUAUCUAAAAAUGAUGUCGAUGACGAUGAUGACGACGACAUAGUGAACCUGAACAACGAAGACCGUCUGAAGGUGAUAUCUGUGCUGGCGUCGCGGAGUCCCAAGGUUCGCACCCCGGUGCCGACCGGCCUGCGCACAGAACACUCCCUCGUCGAACUACAGCCGCUUAUUAAGGAUGAGGCUGCUGUUGAGAUCGUCGCCGUGCUGGACCCGGCAUCGAACGCCGCGCAGAGGUUGGCGCCGCUGCUGCUCGUCCUGCGUCGCGUCGUCAACUGCCGCAUCAAACUAUUCCUCAACCCCCAGGACAAGAAUUCCGAUAUGCCGCUGAAAAGUUUCUACCGCUACGUGCUAGAACCGGAGCUUCAGUUUACAGCAGAGGGCGCCCUAACCGGCGGUCCCCUCGCGCGGUUCUCUCGCCUGCCUCACGCGCCGCUGCUUUCCAUGGAGCUCCGUACACCGCCCAACUGGCUCGUCGAGUGUGUCAAGUCCGUCUACGAUCUCGAUAACAUUCGCCUCGCCGAUGUUGAAACUGUCGUUCACAGUGAAUUCGAGCUAGAGUACCUGCUGCUGGAAGGCCACGCAUGGGACACCACUCUCGGCACUCCGCCUCGUGGUCUCCAACUGGUCCUGGGCACGCGGGACAACCCGGAGAUCAUGGACACUAUAGUGAUGGCUAACCUCGGCUACUUCCAGCUGAAAGCCAACCCUGGUGCCUGGAUACUAAGGCUGCGACCCGGACGUUCCGAAGAAAUCUAUGAAAUUGUUGGACACGAGAACACAGACACGCCGGCCGGCAGCGAAGACAUCCAGGUGUUGAUGAGCUCAUUCCGCAGUCACGUGAUCAAGCUGCGCGUCAGCAAGAAGCCCGACAAACAACACCUCGACUUGCUAGUAGAAAAUGACGACAAGAACUCCGGCGGCAUUUGGAAUUCUAUUGCAAGUUCGUUCGGCGCUGGUGAGGAACAAGAGGCACAAGACGAGACCAUCAACGUGUUUUCAGUAGCGUCAGGGCAUUUGUACGAACGGUUCCUUCGUAUUAUGAUGUUGUCCGUGCUUAAAAACACCAAGUCGCCUGUAAAGUUCUGGUUUUUGAAGAAUUAUCUCAGCCCUUCACUCAAGGACAUUCUGCCGUACAUGGCGCAAGAGUACGGUUUCGAGUACGAGCUGGUGCAGUACCAGUGGCCGCGCUGGCUGCAGCGGCAGCGCGACCGCCAGCGCACCAUCUGGGGGUACAAGAUCCUCUUCCUCGACGUGCUGUUCCCGUUGCACGUCAAGAAGAUCAUCUUCGUUGACGCUGAUCAGAUUGUACGAGCAGAUUUGAAGGAGUUGGUUGAAUUAGACCUAGGAGGUGCUCCGUACGGGUAUACACCGUUUUGUGACAGCAGAAAGGAGAUGGAAGGUUUCAGAUUCUGGAAGCAAGGCUACUGGCGCAACCACUUACAAGGGCGCAGCUACCACAUCAGCGCGUUGUACGUAGUGGAUCUGAAGCGGUUCCGCCGCAUUGCCGCCGGCGACCGUCUCCGUGGACAGUACCAGGCCCUAAGCCAGGAUCCUAACAGCUUGUCUAAUUUAGAUCAGGACCUCCCGAAUAACAUGAUUCACCAAGUGGCGAUCAAGUCGUUGCCGCAGGAGUGGUUGUGGUGUGAGACUUGGUGUGACGACGGUACCAAGAAACAUGCGAAGACUAUCGACUUGUGCAACAACCCAAUGACGAAAGAAGCUAAGCUGUCGGCGGCUAUGCGCAUAGUGCCGGAGUGGCGCGAGUACGAUGAAGAGAUCAAGGGGCUGCAGGCGCGCGUGCGCCGCGGCCUCUACCAGUCUGCUGACCAUGAACAGGAAAUCGAGAGUCCCCAUCACGAAGAGGCUACCUCAGAUGAAAAUGAAAGUAAAAACCACGAGAAGCAUACAGAAUUAUGAUGAACUAAAGUGAUGAUAUUAGUAGUUUAGUUUCUAUUCCAAUUUUGUUGAAUGAUUAUGAUGUAAGAGCGAGUGUCACAUGUGAAGAGAGUAAGCUGUUUGUAUUCACGAUCACAAGUAAAACUAGCUUUUAAUUUUUUAUUACACCCAGUGUUAAUUAGCGGCGUGACAAAUUCGUUUACCUGAGGAAGUGUGUUGUUGUAGAGAUUUCAAUAAUUUAACAUUUUUACGUAAUCGUUCAUUCCUUUUCUUGACUUAUUUUAGUUGCGGUCGUCUUUAGUUUCUAUUUUAGAUAUACUUACGUUGUAUAUCUUAAAAACCAUACGAAAUUAUCCGUUUGAUUGAUCCAUAAUGACAAAAUCUACUGCAUUACGUCCACUAGUGGUAAGCGAGUUUGUCAGGAGCCUCCAUGAACGUAUAUUAAAAUCAUGUACCAGUCUUGUUUACGCUCACUCAUAGAGUUUCCUGUUUCUUGUCGAGUAUAUUUAAGAGAAAAUUAUGUGAUUUUUGGCUGAUUAUAUUAAGUAAAGAUAAUAGCACGGGUAGGACUUAUUUUUAUAAUAUUGCGUGGAUGUUCUAAACGUUGCACUUGUUUUGUACUGCCUAUGUCACUGAGGUAACUUUACACACUAUUUGUUUAUAAAUAUGUUACUUGUAACCUCUGUAUUAUAAAUGUAAGGUCGACUAAGAUCUCAUCCUCCGAUGUUAGUGAACUGUAAAACCGGUAAACAAUGAUGGAAUUUGUGACUCCUCUGAUAUUAAAAUCGAUCAUUGACUACUGGUAAAGUUACUUCUUACAUGAAAUACAACGUUUAAUGACAUUAUGCCUACAGUAACUUUGUUUAUAUACUUAACAGCGAUUUCCUGUAAAUAAAUUGACUACUUCAGAUUAA